AUAUAACAUGAAGAAAACACCAGCUCCUCCUCUACCACUACAAACUCUUUUCAAAUCCUCACAAAAAAGGGGUAGUUUCUCACUACUCUUUCUUCUCAAAAAAUCUCAAUAGGAUUAAGGAUUCUGAGUUCUCUACUCUCACUUUUGCGGUUUUGAGGGGGUUUCCUUUGGGAUUUAAGUUAUGCGCACUGGAGCUUGCUCAAUUCAGCAGGCCCUCACAACAGAGGCAGCCUCCAUUCUCAAGCUCUCUCUCAACUUAGCAAGAAGGAGAGGCCAUGCUCAAGUUACCCCUCUUCAUGUUGCAGCCACUCUCUUAACUUCAUCAUCAUCUUCCUCCAAUCUCUUAAGAAGAGCUUGCCUCAAAUCUCACCCUCAUCACUUAACCUCUCACCCUCUCCAAUGCAGAGCUCUUGAGCUCUGCUUCAAUGUAGCCCUCAAUAGACUCCCUACAACUCCUCCACCUUCAUCUGGGUCUUUGAUUCAGGCUCAGCCCUCUCUCUCUAAUGCCCUCAUUGCUGCGUUAAAGAGAGCUCAAGCUCAUCAGCGGAGGGGCUGCAUUGAACAGCAACAGCAGUUUCAUCAGCAGCAGCAACAACCAAUUUUAGCUAUUAAAGUAGAGUUAGAGCAGCUUAUUAUAUCAAUUUUAGAUGACCCAAGUGUUAGUAGAGUUAUGAGAGAGGCUGGGUUCUCUAGUACUACAGUGAAAUCCAAUAUUGAAGACGAUGGGUGCUCUGUUUUCUCUUCAUCUUCCCCUUUUUUCUUUGAUUCAAGUAGAGACAUUAUCACUAGUGCUAGUUUGUUGCAUACCCAUUUUCUAAAACCAUCUAAUGAUCAAAACCCAUGUCCCCUUUUUACCAUUAAAGAGGAUAUCAAGGUGGUUAUUGAUGUUUUGUUAAGGAAACAGGGGAAGAGCAAUACAGUAGUAAUUGGGGACUCUGUUUCAAUAGCAGAGGGGUUAAUGUCUGAGCUAAUGAGGAGAGUGGAUAGAGGAGAGAUCCCUGAUGAACUCAAAUCCUCUCAUUUCAUUAAACUUCAGCUCUCCUAUGUUCAUCUCAGGCUCAUGAGCAGGAGAGAAGUGGACCUGAAAGUCUCGGAUUUGAGAAGGAAACUGACUUCCUUAGCAUCAGGGAAAGUGAUCGUCUUUGUUGGAGAUCUGAGAUGGGCUCUGGAUGAAGAAACAAGAGAUGGGUUUAGGCCAGUUCAGUAUUUGGUUGAGGAAAUUGGGAAGUUAGUUUCAGAGAUGAAGGAAGUGAGCAGAGUUUGGUUAAUGGCAACUGCAAGUUAUCAAACUUACAUGAGGUGCUUGAUGAGGCAUCCCUCUCUUGAGGCCCAAUGGGCCCUGCAGGCAGUGGUGGUCCCUUCAGGUGGGCUUAAGCUAAGCCUCCAAGCUCCCAGUGGUCUUGAUUCAAGGGUGACAAAGCUAUCACAAUUCCCUUUCCAAAUGCUGGAGAAAAAGCCUUUGUAUUCCAAGGAAGAAGAAGAAGAAGAAAAGCUCCAUUGCUGUUCUGAAUGCACUUCUAAUUUUGAGAAAGAAGCAUCAGUCUUCACUGGAUCAGCACAAUUGCCCUACUGGUUGCAACCACAUAAACCAGAGAAUCAUCACAAGGAUAACUUGAUUGAGUUGAGGAGGAAAUGGAACAGAUUAUGCCGAAAUCUUCACCAUUUGCAGCAAAGCUCAAAUCGUAUAUUACCUUCACAUCCUUCAUCACAUCCAUGGUGGUCUUCUCUCUUAACUGACAAUAAGAACAAAUCAAAUUCUACCUUAUUCCCCAAAUCGACUCCUGAAAUUAGCAAAGCAAGCCCCAUCUUUACACCCCAAUUCAAGAACAGGGAUAGCGAGAGACCUUGGCAAUCUGAUGUGAAGACCACACUUGCACUCGGAAAUCCUGUGUUCUCUGACACUGCAACCUCAACAGAUCAGAGAGCAAAAGCUAACAACAUAGAAUUAAGCAGGCUUCUGCAAGAGAACAUCCCUUGGCAAUCUGAGAUUAUUCCUUCGAUCGUUGAAACAUUGGCUGGUUGCCAAUCAAAGAAUGGCGCUUGGGUAUUAAUUAAAGGAACUGAUCGAAUUGGCAAGAGGAGGCUUGCUCGGGUUGUAACAGAAUCCUUUUGUGGGUCUACUGAUAAACUGAUAUGCAUCAAUUCCAGAAUAUCAGCUGAUGGUGUUGACGAACUCAUUGAGGCAAUAGCAAAAGAUUCAAAAUGUGUGGUUUUGAUUGAGGACAUCGAUCAAGCAAACGAGGGGUUUAUACAAAUGAUCUCUCAAUGCAUCAAAACUGGAAUUUUGAAGAACCCAUUUGGGGGAACGGUGGAACUAUCCCAUACUGUCUUCAUUCUGGCUACUUCAAGCUCUGCAAAUCUCAAUUCUACUGAUGAGAGCCAUGACGGAGUACUGAAGAUGAGGCUCUCGGUCGAAGAGGUAUCUUCGUCUGAUCACAAGAGGAAGAGUUCAGAAUCAGAUUCUUCUUUCAAUGAGAACAAGAAGAAACUGAAGUUGAACGCAGCUGAAUUUGAGCUUGAUCUCAAUAUUUGUGCUGAAGACAGUGAUCUGACCCAUGAAAUUGAUGAAGGCGAUGAAGUCAAACUCCCUAAUGGACUGCUUGAGUCCAUUGGUACACCCAUUACAAUGGACGAGAUAGCCAGUGGUGGGGCCCACCUGAUCGAAGAGGGCAUCAUCGAGAGGCUAAGAUCGGCAUCCGAUGGGCGGUUGAUCGCUGAUCAGACGGCAGUCGAGGGGUUGAGAGGAGCAAUGGGGUGGUUCUUGGAGAGUGAAUUUGAGAGGUGGGUGAAGGAAAUUUUUGAAUUGAGUCUUGUAACGGUCCGAAUUGGCGGGAAGGCGAGGCUGAGGGUUGAGGGCAAAGAGGGAAAUGUAGGGCAUUGUGGGUUUUUGGGUUCAGUCCUUCCUAAGAGGAUUCAUGUGGACUGAGGUUGCAAAUUCGCAAAAUUGUGCAAGGGGUUGUAAAAUAGGGGACAGGAAUGACUAAAAUGCCACCGUUUAGUCUUUCUUUUUUUGCAUCAUUAUUAAUCCUUUCUCUUUGGUCA